AUGAAGUUUCUUCACAUUCUUUUCAUGAAACGCCACCGAGCAGGGGAACCAAGCAACGUAGACUCUUCUCGAAAAUCAAUUUAUUCCAGGAUCCUGAUUCGGAAGAAACGAGCGGAAACCGGUCAUACCUGGGACGAGUCGACGACUUCUCAGGAGUCCGACGGAGCUCCUUGGCGUAUUGGUACGUUAACAGGGCGGAAAGCGGCUGCUCUCUCUGCAUUUUCGAAUGCACUGACGCCUUUGUUUUCUUCCGCAGAGAAUAUUCUGGUAGAUGGGGCGCCGAGGGGAGCAGACUGGUGGCAAGAUACCGUCGCUGGGCACAAGAUGGAGGCACAAGCACAGCAGAACGACGAAGGUGGUACCACACAAGCGGAAGACAUCAAUAUCGAAACGACUUUCGAAGAAAGCCGUGGUGAAGAACUCAAGGAAUUUCGAAAUUGUGGACUGGAGGCGUGGGUGCAAGUCCAACAAGCUUGGCGCCGACCGAGCGGCAUGGAAACGGAUAGAGCUCGAAUUCCUGUUCGAAAAUUGAGACAAGACCUGAUCAAGCGGAUGUCCGAAUGCCGCAAAUUCGACCUGCCGCACAUGAUACCGUUGAAAGAUGUCAUUGAAGCAUACACAGAGACUUGGGAUGGAGAAUCUGACUAA